AUGUCCUCCAAAUACCCCUACGCCCCCUACGACGAAUCCUACGAGCGACUCAUCCAGGACGUUAAAGAAAAACAAGCAAGAAGCAUGGCUACUAGUACUUUCUCGGUAAUCGCGGUUGCUUUCCAAAUGCACAAAACCACGGUGAUGCUCUGCCUGAAAACCGAUACAACACUCUCCGCGGCCAAGGAGCAACUUCACAAGGUCCUGCUUGGCCGUCGUAUGGAGGAAAUCAACGGUGUCCGGGUCUCCGCGCGCAGUUCCGAUAUCGACCUCGGCAAGGCUAUCAAUCCCAACGACCUGAGUCAGGGAUUCCAAAGCUUUGAUGACCAGGUGAACAGUACUCUCGCGGAUGUGGGCGUCCGACACCGUGGCCUCGUCGCUUUCCGCUUUUUGGACCCCGAUGCGGAACAACAAAUGCCAUUCGACGUGGUAGAUGUCUCUCUUGAUGAGGACGAAGAGCAGCGUUUGGCGCAGUGA